AUGUCGAAAUUAAAAAAAAAAACUGAGAGUGCAUUUGGGACGUAUCCUCUUAUCAUCACUACAUUAGAUAAGUUUGCUAGUGAAAUGCUUUUUGAUGGGAAAAUUGGUGUUGUAAUGUGUUUGGAGAGUUCAUCUGAAGUAGUUGAAGAAAUAAUUAGUUAUAAAUCUACUUCUACUUCUCCUAUGCCUUUGUUGGAUAGCAAGGGGAACAAGAUCAUUACUGAUUGCAAACAUAGUGAUGUUAAGGUUGGACAAAUCUACAAGGACAAGUGUACUCUCAUUUCGGUUAUGACGCGAUUUGCAAUUGAACAUUCGUUCAAUUACUAUGCCAAAAUAUCAGACAAGAAAAGCUACGUCCUACAAUGUUGUUCGGAGGAUUGUGUUUGGGUCUUUAAAGCAUCAUGUCGUCGGGGUACAGAACUAUUUAAAGUUAGAUUUUUCCAAGAUGUUCAGUCAUGCCCGUUGAAAGACCGAGUUUUUACUCAACUUCAAGAUAUAAUUGGGUUUGUUAAUGAUUUUACUGCACCAAAACUUGUCAAUUAUAAGAGAAUACACACCCCGAAUGAUAUAAUCGAAGAUAUUAAAAAUAUUUUCAGUGUAGACAUUAACUAUCAAAAGGUUUGGAGGGCUAAAGAACGUGCGAUUGAGAUAUUAAGGGGGAAACCUGCGGAUAGUUAUCGACAAAUGGCUCGAUAUGCCUUAGUUGUGGUUGAUGGUGUGCAUUUGAGUGGAGCAUAUAAAGGUACAUUUUUUUCCGCAAUCAUUCUUGAUGGAGCAGGACCCAUUCUGCCGAUUGCGUAUGGUGUUGUUGAUAGUGAAAAUGAUAAUUCGUGGACUUGGUUUUUCGAGAACUUCAGAAUUGCUUUUGGGGAGCACGAUAGUAUGUGUGUUGUAUCCGACCGUCAUGAAAGCAUAAUAAAGGCUGUUAGUGCAUCAUCAACAUAUGUAUAUUCUGUUUACGAUGACGGGAGGAAGUACAUAGUAUGUCUUGACAGGAGGACUUGCACUUGUGGUAGAUUCCAAUUAGACGAGAUAACAUGUGAACACGCGAUUGCAGUACUAAAAAGCAAGCAUGUAGUUGAUAUGAAGCUUUAUUGCUCAGAGUUUUAA